ACCCCACUCACUUCUAGAUCGCGGCGGCGGCGGCCGCCGGGGGCCGAUGGCGUUUGCGGCGAGCGGCGUCCAGCACCACGUGGCGGUGGAUGUAGAGGCCGGGAACGAGGAGAGGAGGAGGGCGCUGGAGGAGGACGAGGCCGACCUGCUCUGGGCGGCCAUCGAGGAGCGUCCCUUCGCCAAGCGGCGCAACCUAGCCAUCGUCCUCCCCGACCCUGACUGCGCUGGCGACGGCACCAGCGGAGGAGGCGGUGCGGGAGAGGGCAAGGUGGUGGACGUGCGGAGGCUCGACCGGCCUGGGGUCCAACGUGUGCUCCGCAGGGCGCUCGGCACCGCCGAUCUCGACAACGCCAACCUCCUCCACGGCAUCAAGGCCCGCUUCGACGCGGUGGGCUUGGAGGUGCCGCGGGUGGAGGUGAGGUUCCGCAACCUCACUGUAUCCACGGAGGUCCACGUCGGCAGACGGGCGUUGCCGACUCUCGUCAACUACGUCCACGAUGUUGCCGAGAGACUUCUAAUCACCUGCCACCUUUUACACCCUAAUAAGCGCAAGCUCACUAUUUUGGAUGACGUUAGCAGCAUUGUCAGACCUGGGAGAAUGACAUUGUUGCUGGGACCACCUUCAUCUGGGAAAUCAACGCUCUUGUUGGCCCUAGCCGGUAAACUGGAUCCUCAGCUAAAGAAAAAUGGAGAAGUGAGGUACAAUGGAAUUUCUCUAAAGGAAUUUUGUGUACAACGAACUUCCGCUUAUAUCAGUCAGACAGACAAUCAUAUUGGAGAGUUGACAGUGAGAGAAACUUUAGAUUUUGCUGUAAGAUGCCAGGGUGCAAGUGAAAACUGGCAAGAGUGCUUGAAGGAUCUACUAGAUCUUGAAAACAAGAAAGGCAUAAGACCGACUCCAGAAAUAGAUGCCUUUAUGAAGACAGCAUCGGUUGGAGGACAAAAACACAAUCUUGUUACAGACUAUGUGCUGAGAGUGCUUGGACUGGAUGUGUGUGCUGAUACUCCUGUUGGUACUGACAUGGCAAGAGGUGUCUCUGGUGGUCAGAAAAAACGAGUCACAACAGGUGAAAUGGUUGUUGGCCCUAGAAAAACCCUUUUCAUGGAUGAAAUAUCAACAGGUCUUGACAGCUCAACAACUUUUCAAAUAGUUAAGUGCAUGAGGAACUUUGUUCAUGAGAUGGAGGCUACUGUGCUGAUGUCACUUCUUCAGCCUGCACCAGAGACAUUUGACCUAUUUGAUGAUCUAAUUCUUCUCUCAGAAGGGCAGAUCAUUUAUCAAGGCCCCAUUGUGCAUGUUGUGGACUAUUUCAAAUCAUUAGGAUUUUCUCUGCCCCCUCGUAAGGGAAUUGCAGAUUUUCUCCAAGAGGUGACAUCAAGGAAAGACCAAGCUCAGUACUGGUCUGACAAGUCAAGACAGUAUUCUUUUAUUUCUGCGUCGACAAUGGCUUCUGCAUUUAAACAAUCCCAGUAUGGCAGAUCACUGGAUUCUACUUUAAGCGAUCCAUAUGUUGCCACAAAUUCUCCUCAGGCGCUUGCCAGAUCAAAGUUUGCAGUAUCAAAGCUUAGCCUUGUUAGAGCAUGCUUUGCCAGGGAGCUUAUUUUAAUAAGUCGCAACCGUUUCCUCUACACUUUCAGGACAUGCCAAGUUGCUUUUGUCGGGGUAAUCACAUGCACAAUAUUUCUUCGUACAAGAUUACACCCUGUUGAUGAGCAGAAUGGGAAUCUUUAUCUGUCUUGUCUGUUUUAUGGACUUGUUCAUAUGAUGUUCAAUGGUUUUACUGAGCUGCCCAUUACUAUUUCACGGCUUCCAGUGUUCUAUAAGCACAGAGACAAUUACUUUCAUCCUGCAUGGGCUUUCUCAAUCCCCAAUUGGAUACUAAGAAUUCCAUAUUCUCUUAUUGAAGCGGUAGUUUGGUCAUGUGUUGUUUACUACACAGUAGGCUUUGCGCCUACUGCUGAUAGAUUCUUUCGUUUUAUGCUAUUGUUGUUCUCUGUACAUCAAAUGGCUUUGGGCCUUUUCCGGAUGAUGGGAGCUAUAGCACGAGACAUGACUAUUGCUAAUACUUUUGGAUCAGCUGCCUUAUUGGCAAUUUUUCUCUUAGGAGGGUUCAUUGUUCCUAAAGAGGCUAUAAAACCAUGGUGGCAGUGGGCUUAUUGGGUUUCCCCCUUAAUGUAUGGACAACGUGCAAUUUCAGUUAAUGAAUUCUCAGCAUCCAGAUGGUCAAAGGUAUCAGUUGCUGGCAGCAAUAGUACAGUCAGAGCCAAUGUUCUCAUUUCACACAAUCUGCCAACAGAAGAUUACUGGUACUGGAUUGGAGUUGGUGCUUUAUUGGCUUACACCGUCUUGUUCAAUGGUCUAUUUACUCUUGCUUUGGCAUUCCUUAAUCCUCUAAGGAAGGCUCAAACGAUGAUCCCAUCUGAUUCUGAGGAAACAAAUGCUGCAGGAAUUGAUAAUGUAUCCAAUGGACAUGUAGUUGCAGAAAAUAAUGGCAGAAAUUAUGAGUUUAAACGGCAGACUGAAGGCGAACUUAACAAGGGAAUGAUACUACCGAUUCUACCUCUAACAAUGACGUUUUACAAUGUGAACUAUUUUGUUGAUAUGCCCAAGGAAAUAAAAGCAAGGGGUGUACCUGAGAAAAGACUACAGUUGCUGUCUGAAGUAAGCGGGGUAUUUAGGCCCAAUGUCCUAACAGCACUGGUUGGCUCAAGUGGUGCUGGAAAGACAACCCUUCUUGAUGUUUUAGCUGGCAGAAAAACAGGCGGAUAUAUCGAAGGUGAUAUGAGGAUCUCUGGACAUAAGAAAGAACAAAGAACCUUUGCCAGGAUAGCUGGAUAUGUUGAGCAAAAUGAUAUCCACUCACCACAAGUGACAGUUGAAGAGUCCUUAUGGUUUUCGUCAAUCUUACGGCUUCCAAAAGAUAUAAGUAGAGAAACAAGACAUGAAUUUGUUGAGGAAGUUAUGGCUUUGGUAGAGCUUGAUCAACUGAGACAUGCAUUAGUAGGGAGACAGGGUUCUACUGGAUUGUCAACAGAGCAAAGGAAACGCCUUACAAUAGCUGUUGAACUAGUUGCAAAUCCUUCAAUUAUUUUCAUGGAUGAACCUACUUCUGGUUUGGAUGCAAGAGCAGCUGCCAUUGUGAUGCGUACUGUUCGAAAUACUGUUGAUACUGGGAGAACUGUUGUUUGCACUAUACACCAGCCGAGUAUUGAUAUCUUUGAAGCCUUUGAUGAGCUCCUCCUCCUGAAACGUGGAGGCCGUGUUAUAUAUGGUGGUUCUCUGGGUGUCAAUUCAAUUGAUAUGAUUGGUUAUUUUCAGUCCAUUCCCGGGGUUCCUCGUAUCCCUGAAGGCUACAAUCCAGCAACCUGGAUGCUUGAGGUCAGCACACAGGCAUGUGAAGAGAGCCUUGGUUUAGAUUUUGCAACAUUGUACAAGAACUCAGAUCAGUUCAGGAAUGUGGAAGGGAUAAUUGAAGCAUUAAGUGCUCCAGCUGAUGGCACGAAACCUUUGGAAUUCUCAUCGGAGUUUUCACAGAACUUUCUCACUCAGUUCAAAGCAUGCUUGCGUAAGCAAAGCCUUAUUUACUGGAGAAGUCCAGAGUACAAUGUUGUGCGGUUAUUUUUCACGGCCAUUGCUGCUGUCAUAUUUGGAUCAAUAUUUUGGAACGUUGGAAUGAAAAGAGAAACAACAGAAGAUUUGAUGCUUGUCAUGGGAGCUCUUUAUGCGGCAUGCCUGUUUCUUGGUGUAAAUAAUGCAUCAUCUGUGCAGCCUGUGGUGUCCACUGAGAGGACAGUCUACUACAGGGAACGGGCUGCUAGAAUGUACUCAUCGUUCCCGUAUGCAGCUGCUCAGGGUCUUGUAGAGAUUCCUUACAUUGCAGUUCAGACACUUAUAUUUGGCCUCAUCACUUACUUCAUGAUCAAUUAUGAGAGGAACAUAGGAAAAUUGCUUUUAUACCUUGUUUUCAUGUUCCUUACUUUCACCUACUUCACUUUCUACGGAAUGGUGGCAGUAGGCUUGACCCCAACCCAACAAAUGGCAGCAGUAGUAUCGUCAGCGUUUUACUCCUUGUGGAAUCUUCUCUCUGGGUUCCUCAUCCCCCAAUCUAGAAUCCCAUGUUGGUGGAUCUGGUUCUAUUACAUCUGCCCAGUGGCAUGGACCCUGAGAGGUAUCAUUACGUCGCAGUUGGGCGAUGUGCAAACAAGGAUAGUUGGCCCUGGUUUCGAUGGGACUGUGCAGGAAUUCCUGGAGGAAAGCUUGGGAUUCAAACAGGGGAUGGCUGGUGCCACAGUUGCAGUGCUCGCUUGCUUCUCUCUUUUCUUCUUUGCCAUAUAUGCGAUUUCCAUCAAGGUUAUAAACUUCCAGAGAAGAUAAAUCAGCAUAUAUUUAUGCAUUUGCAACUUAGGCGUCCUGCAUCACUUGGUGGUGCCAACACUAUAUGAAGCACCCACGUUAUAACACGUUUUGCAAGGGUCAGAGAGGAUUGAA